AUGGCUCGGGAGUCAGAGAAACUUCAACUUGCAGGGAACAAGUUCAAACCCCUCAGGUUGUCCAAGCUGCGGAUCCGUCCGCCUUUGAGUGGCCGCAAGAAGAAGAUUCCUGGGGGGACACUCGAAGCUCAUGCCAAUGGUUUCAGGUAUUCAACGACCACGCCUGACGAGCGUGUGGAUGUCCUGUUUGCAAACAUAAAGCACGCGUUUUUCCAGCCGGCUGAGAAGGAGAUGAUCACCCUCCUUCAUUUUCAUUUGCACAACCACAUCAUGGUAGGAACCAAGAAAACAAAGGACGUCCAGUUUUAUGUGGAGGUAAUGGAUGCUGUGCAGUCUUUAGGUGGUGGGAAGAGAUCCUCAGCCUAUGAUCCAGAUGAGAUUGAUGAAGAAGAGCGGGAGCGCGAUAGGAAAAACAAGAUCAACAUGGAUUUCAAUCAUUUUGCAAACCGGGUCAAUGAUAUGUGGCAACUACCCCAGUUUGCAAGUCUGGACCUUGAGUUUGAUCAACCUCUGAGGGAGCUUGGUUUCCAUGGAGUUCCGCACAAGACAUCUGUAUUCAUUAUACCGACCUCCAGCUGCUUAGUUGAGCUCAUAGAAUACCCUUUCCUCGUGGUCAGUCUGAGUGAGAUUGAGAUUGUGAAUCUUGAGAGGGUUGGGUUUGGGCAGAAGAACUUUGACAUGGCCAUCAUCUUCAAGGACUUCAAAAAAGAUGUUCUCAGGGUUGAUUCAGUUCCCACAAGUUCGCUGGAGGGGAUAAAGGAGUGGCUCGACACUACAGAUAUAAAGUACUACGAGAGCAAACUGAACCUGAACUGGAGACAGAUCCUGAAGACGAUCACGGAUGAUCCGCAGAGCUUCAUAGAUGAUGGAGGAUGGGAGUUUCUGAAUCUGGACGGAAGUGAUUCAGAAUCUGGGGGCUCUGAGGAGUCAGACAAAGGAUAUGAACCAUCAGAUGUGGAGGUUGAGUCUGAGUCAGAGGAUGAUGCCUCGGAGAGUGAGUCAUUGGUGGAGUCAGAGGAUGAAGAAGAAGAGGACUCAGAGCAACAGUCAGAGGAAGAGAAAGGUAAGACUUGGGAUGAACUGGAGAGAGAUGCUACUAAUGCAGACAGAGAGCAUGGACAUGAGUCUGAUAGUGAGGAAGAGAGGAAGAGAAGGAAGAUGAAAGCGUUUGGGAAAUCGCGGUCUGGAACUAGCGGUGGAGGCGGCAGUAGCAGUAUGAAGAACAUGCCACCAUUAAAGCGCAGCAAGCACAGGUGAAAAGGAUCAGACGUU